UAUUCUAAUUUCUGUCUUUGUACAUUUCUCUAGAAUCUUUCUCUGUUUUUCUCUGUGACGGCGUGGAGGGGUUUGUCAGAACGACUGUAGUUAUAGAGAAAGUCACUUGUAUGUGGGAACAGAAUGGAGCACACCUUGUUCAGUUUGCUACUAUUGCUGAGUACACACAUCUACUCUGGACAUUCUGACGAUGACGAUGGACCGGCAAAGGCUGUUCUGACCAAACAACCCAAAUCCUCCCAGAUAUUCAGUGGAGAAUCUGUCACUCUCAGAUGUAACAUACAGAGGGGAGAAGUCACUGACUGGAAAUACACAUGGCGCAAGGAUGGUGUAGACUUCCUUAGUAGGAAGCAUGAAUAUGAGAUCAGUGAGGUUAAGACUUCAGACAGUGGUGACUACAGGUGUCUGGGUACACAUGUUGAUCAGAAGAAGCAUUCUAAGUGGAGUGAUAUAGUCAGACUGACAGUGACAGCUCUUCCUGAAACUACACUGACCGUAUAUCUAAACCCUGCAUACACUGGAGAGACAGUAACUCUGACAUGUUCAGUCGGCAGUGGCUGGAGCUAUAAAUGGUACAAAGACAACACUAAGAAAGUAGUGACCUUGUCUGGCAGACACACUACAACAGGAACCAACUUCACCAUCAGGAGAGCUGCUGAUUCUGACCAGGGUUUUUACUGGUGUCAGGGAGAGAUCCAGUCCAGAUCCAUAUCAUCCAUCAUCAGUGAUCCUGUCACAAUCACUGUGAAAGCCCUGCCCAAAGCUACACUCAACAUAACACCAAACCCUGCAUACACUGGAGAGACAGUAACUCUGACGUGUUCAGUGGGGUCUGACAGUGGCUGGAGCUAUAAAUGGUACAAAGGCAACGCUAAGAAAGUAGUGACCUUGUCUGGCAGACACUCUACAACAGGAGCCACCUUCACCAUCAGUAGAGCUACUGAGUCUGACCAGGGUCUCUACUGGUGUCAGGGAGAGAUCCAGUCCAGAUCCAUAUCAUCAAUCAUCAGUGAUCCUGUCACUAUCACUGUGAAAGAGAGACCUGCGGCUGUUCUGACCCUCCAACCCAACUGGCCCCAGAUUUUCAGUGGAGAGACUGUCACUCUCAGAUGUGACAUACAGGGGGGAGAAGAGAUUGAUUAUGCUUUUUAUAACAGUGGGAUGUCGGUCUCCACCAAAACAGAGCCUGAGUACAGAAUCAGUCCUGCAAAGAAUGGUCUAUAUACCUGUGAAGGUCUUCAGAAAAGAAAUGGCUUAAAACACUCCCAGACAAGUAAUGUUAUACAAUUAACUGUGUUAGAUCAACCCCAAGCUGUCCUAAGUGUCUCUCCUCAGUGGCUGAACCCUGGAGACUCAGUUACUCUGAGCUGUGGGUUUAAAGAGUCAUCUACAGGCUGGAGGAUCUUCUGGUACCGAACUGUUCCCUACACAGCUGGGUUACUCUCCCUGUCAGAUAGGUCCUACUCUGUAGAGCCUCUAUCUGGCAAGGGGACUAGUGAAGACUCCUACACUCUGAUCCCUGCUGGUUCUAGUCACACAGGAGGAUAUGUGUGUAGAGCUGGAAGAGGAGACCCAGUUUAUGACACACUCUACAGUAAACCUCAGUUUCUCUGGUCAGGAGAGCCGCAACCUUCAGUGUCUCUCAAAAUGAGACCUAACAGAACUCAACACUUUACAUCAAAGUCUCUCUCACUAAGCUGUGAGGAGAAGAGGAAUUCUACUGGAUGGAAACUGAAGAGAUACAGAGAGAAAGCAGUGGAGUCAGGAUGUGACUCUAACUGGGGAUCAAUAGCAGGAUCCACAUGUACCAUCAGAUCCACAUGUAAAAAGGACAGUGGAGUUUACUGGUGUGAGUCUGGAUCAGGAGAGUACAGUAAUGCUGUCAACAUCACAGUGGCUGUUGGCCCUCUGAUCCUGGAGAGCCCUGCCUAUCCCAUAACUGAGGGAGACUCUGUCACUCUGCGCUGUACAAAUAGAUAUCAGGAAACAAACCCGAACCCCAAGGUUGAUUUCUACAAAGAUGGAGUACUCAUCAGGAAUGAGACCACAGGAGAAAUGACCAUCCCUGCAGUAUCCAAGUCAGAUGAAGGCUUCUAUAAGUGUACAUUUAAUGAAGAAGAAUCACCAAAGAGCUGGGUGAGAGUGAGAGGCGUAACUCCUGGACCCUCUACAUCAGUCCCAGUAGGAGUGGUUGUGGGCCUGGUUGUUGCUGGUGUUCUACUGACCAUUCUCCUGGUACUGCUGUGUCGAUAUAAAAAUGCCAAAGAUUCCUGUUGCAACAGGACAUUCUCGCUCCCCCAGCCCCAGAGCACCAACCAACAGGACCACGAAUCUACCCAGGGACGGGCUCCUGAUCCUGGGUAUACACAUUUGCAGCAUGAUGCUGGUGCUGCUGCUGCUGGACCAAGUGAUGUGAUGUACGCCCAGAUUCAACUCAAAGAGUUGGACAAGAAAAAUAAAAAAAUGCCAGCUGAUCCAAAAGAAAAUCCAGUCUAUUCUGAGGUCAAGACAGGGAAGACCACAGCUUAAACAGAAGGCCAAAGCCAAAGAAGAAAGGUGUGGGUUUCCUCUGAUCAUCAACAAGAGAGUGGGGGCCUCUGUAGAUCUUCUGGCAGGCUUAAAUAGGGGGCAUUUCAAAUCAUUGGAGUGGAAGUAUAGGGCUGUCACACCCUGAUCUGUUUCACCUGUCUUAGUGCUCGUCUCCACCCCCUACCAGGUGUUUCCCAGCUCCCCUCAUUAUCCUCUGUGUAUUUAUACCUGUGUUCUCUGUUUGUCUGUUGCCAGUUUGUUUUGUUCAUCAAGCCUACCAGCGUUUGUCCCCUUACUCCUGUCUAUUUCUAGUUCCUGUUUUCUAGUUUUCCCCUUUUGACCAUUCUGCCUACCCUGACCCUGAGCCUGUCUGCCGUCCUGUACCUUGUCCCACCACAUUAGAUUACUGACCUUUGCAUGCCCUGAGACCCUGAGACUUUCUGCCGUUCUGUACCUUUUGGACUCUGAUCUGGAUUACUGACUUCUGCCUGCACUUGACCUGUCAUUUUGCCUGCCCCCUGUUCUAGUAAUAAACUUGUGUUACUUUGACACUGUCUGCAUCUGGGUCUUCCCUAAUACGUGAUAAUACGAACUGGCCAUGACCAACCCAGCAGACAGACCAGCUCCACAAUGCUGUCUCCCUGCAAGGAGCCACCAUUGGACGACACGAGGAGUUGCUGCAAUGUCUUAUACCCUGGCAGAACACCAUGACCAAGUGUUCAAGACUUUGCUGGAGCAAUUCCGCUGAUUCCCCACUGGGCAGCGGGUCACACUCUUCAUUUCUCAACCUAUCCCAGUGUUCCGAGAAUCCUACUUACCUCCUCCGGAGCGCUACACUGGAGAUUCCGGGAACCUGCAGGGUUUUUCCCUCCCAGUGCUCCCUCAUUUUCGGGUUGCAGCCUUCUUCACUCCCCUCAGACCACUCGAGGAUAGCGUACAUCAUAACGCUGAUGUCCGGGAGGGCACUCGCCUGGGCUACGGCGGUGUGGGAGCUACAGGCCACCGUCUGCCUCAGGCUAGAGGGGUUCGUGGCAGAAGUUCGGAAGGUGUUUGAUUCUCAGUUGUCCGGGAAAAAGUGGCUACUCAUAAGCUGUUCCAGCUACGUCAAGACUCCCGUAGUGCUAAUACACUAAAAUCCAACAGCGUUCGAAUAUCUUAUUGUUUUUCUUCUAAUGGCUUACCUUCCGGGACUCACCCUAUUCUUAUAGUAGUCCCAUGAACUAAUCCAUUCGGGAUUUACCCCCUAGGAUUUACCCUACAGGUACCAACCUUUUUGGGCUUACCUUCCGGGGCAUACCAUAUACUUUAUGGUACUAGCAGGAACCAACCUAAUCGGGAUUUACCCCCUAGGACUCAUCCUCUACAGGUAUCAACCUGUUCGGGUUUAUCUUUCGGGACUUACCAUAUACCACAAAGCUACGACCGGAUGUAAUACAAUGGGACUAAUCUUAGGACUAAGCUUAUGCUUUCUAGGUCCGUAUCCUAUAAGUGGUUCAGCCUACAACUGUCAUCUCCUCAAGAUGUUAGAAUUGGUGAUAACAGGUGUAGGAAGUGUGCCUACCUUAUUUCUGGUGCCGGCUCCUGUUUCACUGAUUCGGAAUCUCUAGUUCGAACGCUCAUCGCUGUGUACCCUGCUCACAGUGCCGUUGGGUUCUAAUUUUCAGAGUAAAAACUCAACGGACACUAUGAAAGCAUAACCAAGUAUAUUCUUCCCAGAGGAUCAACACAACUGCAUUAGACAAAAAAAAAACAUUUUCACACAAGCACGGAUGUUUUACCCUUCCUCCUAGGUUGAGUCUCCUCCCACCCAUCUGAGCAAACAUUGUGUCUUUACUGCUAGGCAGGAAACUAAGUACUACAGCCAUAAACGUUUCUUUAUCCCUUAACGUGACCUGACCUGACCUCGACCCCCUUCAUCACUAAUCCAUGGCCCUCUCCCCUUAUCAAUGACUGCCACAUGUGAUCCCUUUCCCUGCACGCAGGACAUUACAAACGUAAUAGCACCCACUAUAUACCUUCCUCCCACAGAUAACCAUUAACUUCUGGCGUCUAACCCUAAGCACUCAAUAUUUCAAUAGGAUCCCUGAUAUAAUGUCAGCGUUAUACAUGACCUUCUCUCCCUCAGUGACAUGAAUAAGUAUGUUUCAUGUUCCCAGAACCCAACAGUAUAUAUCAUAAAGGCUUUGAGGGCUUAGAGAAUUAUGUUCUCAAUGUUCAUAAGCCAACUCAAUUAAACUACUCAAGUCUGCUAAAUCAGGAUUUGUAAGAUACUGAUUGAAAUGGAACAGACGGAGGCCCAGCUAAAAUAGUCAAUACGGUUUAUUCACGAGAGCGCUGGUCUGUUGUACAAAACAAUUCAUUUUAUACUGGCUUCUCACGCACACCCAUUCACACUAACAUACGCACACACACACACCCAUUCACACUAACAUACGCACACACAUUCACACUAACAUACACACACACACACACAUUCACACUAACAUACACACACACACCCAUUCACACUAACAUACGCACACACAUUCACACAAACAUACACACACACAUUCACACUAACAUACGCACACACAUUCACACUAACAUACACAUCCUGCUACCCAGCCGACAAAGAUUAGGGGAAGCCGUGAGACUUACUCCCCAUCCUCCCUCAAAAUAGGGAGACCCUGGGAAGUACUCUCAGAGCCCCCAGCCAAGGUCGGCACCGAAUCUUGCUCUGUUUUUAAGAUACUAUAAUAGACAUAUUGUGCAGACUAUUGUUAUACAUGAUUCUAAUCAAUUUCAUACGAUUGUAUGGCUUCAGGGUGGAAUAUUCUAGUCAUCCAUCCACACCCUAACACCCUGACCUGAAACUCCAGGUUUAUAGGCCACAUCACGCCUGCAAGUCUCGUAAUGCUGGCUUGCAAAGUGAUAUGUAAUUCCUGUUGGAUUCAGCAAAAGUUAUCCAACAAUUGGAACAUUUAAUCACACGCAACCUGCAUUUAGAAUGACUGCUGGGGUAGGGAAGAUUGAUUAGAGACUGCCUAAAUCAUAUGAACUGGAACAACCAUAUCAGUAAUAUGUGAAAUAACACCAACUACUAAAAGAUUGGAUUAGUUUAGAAACAUUUAUGUUAUUUAUGUUUAUGUAGAAUAAUAUUAGAAUAAUAUCAAUCGACCAAUCGAAGUACAUGCAAAUACACAGGUAUUGAAACAAAGCAUUUUGAAAAUCAACCAGCAAGAGAUCAUGCUGGAGUAAUGAUGAUGAUAUUGAUUGGCAUGAUUAUGAGUUGUUUUGAGUAAACAUGAAUUUGUAAUUUUACUCAACAAGCUUGUUCAAACACAACUGACUUCAAGCAGAGUUUGUUGAUUAAAGACACUAACACAUUGGCUCAAAUUUUUGUCCUUUUUAAGUCCACUCAACUUGCAUAAUAACACUAAUUAAGCAAUUGCUAUCUUCAGUUUCUUGGCAAUUUCUCGCAUGGAAUAGCCUUAAUUUCUCAGAACAAGAAUAGACUGACGAGUUUCAGAAGAAACUUAUUUGUUUCUGGCCAUUUCAAGCCUGUAAUUGAACCCACAAAUGCUGAUGCUACAGAUACUCAACUUGUCUAAAGAAGGCCAGUUAUAUUGCUUCUGUAAUCAGAAAAAUAGUUUUCAGCUGUGCUAACAUAAUUGAAAAAGGGUUUUCUAAUGAUCAAUUAGCCCUUUAAAAUGAUCAACUUGGAUUAGCUAACACAACGUGCCAUUGGAACACAGGGGUGAUGGUUGCUGAUAAUGGGCCUCUGUAUGCCUAUGUAGAUAUUCCAUUUUAAAAAUCUGCGGUUUUGUCACGCCCUGGCCUUAGUAUUUUGUGUUUUCUUUAUUAUUUUGGUCAGGCCAGGGUUUGACAUGGGUUUAUUUUUAUGUGUCUUGUCUAGGGGUUUAUUAGAUUUAUGGGGUUGUGUUGCAGUAAUUAAAUUCCUCUGUUUUAAUACCCAAUUAAAAUCAAACACUCUGUCAAUUCAUAAGGAUUUGUAUGACCCUUAUUUGUAUAAAAUGGACAGAGCCCAGUCUUAAAGUCAGCCAGCAGCUUUUAUUCACGAGAGUACUGCUCCUUACACAUUUUACCACAGGUUAUAAACUUAAAAUGACGUCAUUAGUUUCAGUACCAGCCCGUGUCAUCUCCGCUCUAGUACAAAGGCUGUAUGGUUCUCACAUCGUCUCUCCCUAUUAAGAUGAUAUAUGACUGAGCUUAGGACAGCUGGUGUAGAUAAGCCUUCUAGCCAGUCUGGCUAUAAGUUCAUUCAUUUCUGCCAUGGUACAGACAGUCAUUGUUCUAAUUCUUGAUUAUAUUUGCACACAUUAUAUUCAGUACUAAGAUGAAAAAGAAAAUUCAUACAUAUACAGUAACAUAAUAGUAUUCUGAUUAGUACAUAUACAGUAACAUAAUAGUAUUCUGAUUAGUCAGUCCUGAUUGAAAUGUAUACAUAAUUAGUCAUCAUUGAUAAAAAUAUUGUAUUUAGUAGAGUUGUCUAGGAAAGUCUAUUGUUGCCUAGAGUGGUUCUCAAUCAGAGGCAGGUGUUUAUCGUUGUCUCUGAUUGGGAACCAUAUUUAGGCAGCCAUAUUCUUUGAAUAUUUCGUGGGUGAUUGUUCCUGUCUCUGUGUUUGUUGCACCAGAUAGGGCUAUUUCGUUUUUUUACGUUUCUUGUUUUGUAUAUUGUUCAUUUUUUUUCUUUCAUUAAAGAUUUAUAAAGAUAA